ACCCUCGGCUCCUGCUGGCACCUGCCGGACAUGAAGCUUGGAGCUGGAGCUGGUUCCCGCGCGCCCAGCCCCUGGGCCAGCCUGCGGCUGCUGCUCCUGGGGCUGCUGCUCUUGCCAGCUGUGGUCGCCCUCCCCAGAGUGGACGCAGAACACGAGGAGCACCUGCGCUGCGUGUGUGUGAAGACCAUCUCCGGAGUCCAUCCCAAGCACAUCAACAGCCUGGAGGUGCUGGGUGCCGCACCCCACUGCUCCAUUCCCCAGAUAAUAGCUACUCUGAAGCAUGGUAGGAAGGUAUGCCUGGACCCGAACACCCCCCUGUAUAAAAAAAUAAUCAGGAAGCUUUUGAAGAGCUAGCUACUAGCUGCCUGACUCUGUACGUUUGCAACGUGACAUGGUUUUUGUUUUAUUCAUUUUCAAUCUAAUGUGGAAA